AGCGGAGAGAGCAGCGCCCGCAGCCCGCGCUGCGGCUCGGUCGCGCCGGCCCCGCGGGCUCCCGCCGCCGCCAGCAUGCAGCCCCCCGCCCUCAGCAUCCUCCUGCUCAUCGUCUGCUUCGGCAGCGCCCGGGGAAACCUCUCCCGCGACGAGAGCCAGCCCACGACGUCGGACGAGACCGUGGUGGCCGGGGGCACGGUGGUGCUCAAGUGCCAGGUGGAGGAUCCCGAUGAUUCCUCGCUGCAGUGGUCCAACCCUGCCCAGCAGACCCUGUACUUCGGGGAGAAACGAGCCCUGCGGGAUAACAGGAUCCAGCUGGAGAGAUCCACCCCCAACGAGCUGACCAUCAGCAUCAGCGACGUGGUGCUGGCCGACGAGGGCGAGUACACCUGCUCCAUCUUCACCAUGCCCGUGAGGACGGCCAAGGCCCUGGUCACCGUGCUGGGAAUCCCCCAGAAGCCCCAAAUCUUCGGCCACGAGCAGCCCAUCGAUGAGGAGAAGGUGGCGCGGCUCAUCUGCCGCUCGUCCGGCAGCAAACCCGCGGCGCAGCUGCGCUGGAGGAAGGGCAACAGGGACAUCAAGGACACGGUGACCGAGGUGGUGGAGGACCCCAAUGGCAAGACCUUCACGGUGACCAGCAGGGUGGAGUUCCGCGUCACCAAGGAGGACAACGAGGUCGAGGUCACCUGCACCGUGGACCACGAGUCCCUGCAGAACUCGGAGAGGUCCACCACGCAGAAGCUGCAGGUCCACUACAAACCCACAGCGAAGAUCGAGCCGCACCCGCAGUACCCGCGGGAGGGGGAGAAGCUGCAGCUGCAAUGUGACGGGCAGGGCAACCCCAUCCCGCAGGAAUUCCUCUGGGAGAAGGAGGGCAGCGACGCUCCCCUGCAGCUCAGCUCCGACAGCGUGCUCAUCUUCCCCUUCCUCAACAAGAGUGACAGUGGCACCUACGUGUGCACGGCCACCAGCUCCAUGGGCAGCGUGGUGGCCAAGUACAACCUGGACGUCAGCGAUCAUCCCCAGCUCCCCACCCCACACGUUCACUCCACCCCGGGCCCUUCCCAGCCCAUCUGUCAUGCUUCCAUGGCCUCGGCUCCAUCCUUCACUCCAGCUCCCAUCCAAGAUGCCAGCCCGGUGCCCUCGACCUCCAGCACCUACCACGCGAUGAUCGGCGGGGUGGUGGCUGUCAUUGUCUUCCUCCUGCUCAGCCUCCUCAUCGUGCUGGGACAUUACCUGAUCAGGCACAAAGGGACGUACCUGACCCACGAGGCCAAAGGCUCGGACGAUGCUCCGGACGCCGACACCGCCAUCAUCAACGCCGAGGGCGGCCAGGCCGGCGGCGACGACAAGAAGGAAUAUUUCAUCUAAAAGGGUCAGAGAGAGGGAGGAGAGAGAGAGAGAGAGAGAGAGAGAGAAAUGGAGCCAAGAGAACCCCGAUGGCAACGGCAACCAGACCACAAACCCCACAAAACCCAACAGAUUUUCUCUGGCGCCCGGCACGGGCGGACGGACGGACGGACAGAGGGAUGGCGGGACAGAGAGCAGGGAGAGCCACCGGCCUCGAGGCGCUGCUGACGCUUCUUGAACUUGUACAAAUCCUUCACUCCAACAGCGAGAGCCCCGGCCCCGUUUGCUUGCUUGCACCUCCAUCCCCACGCCCCAAACCCCACAGACCCAAAACCCGUGAGUGAGCGACUUCUUCCUUCUUCCUUUUUGGACCUUUUUUAUUUUUUGGCUUUGGUUUCGUGGCUGCUCUUUGCUUCGGGCCCUUGGUUGGGGUGUUGGGCUGGGGUCGAUGUAGCUCUUCCCUUUGUUUCUCUCCCUUUUGGUUUCUUUGAUGUCCAAGGAUAAAAUCACAGCUCCGGGUUCCCGGGGUGAGGUUGGGAUCCUGGGUGUCCCCGUUGUCCCCUCCCCGUGCUCGGGGGGUGACUCCAGGUGGGAGCGGAGCGAGCCCCUGCCCCGAUUUUAUCCUUGGUGGUUCUUGUGGAGCAGUGUCCAUGCGGGAGCAGAGCUGUCCUCGUGCAGUCAGUGUGUGAAAGGGGGUGAAAGGCCAGGGUGGGACCCCCAGAGACACCAGGAGCCCCCACAGCUCCCUGGUCCCA